AUGACCGGCCUUGAUAUUUUAGACACAGUAGGCGAUUUUAGUACAGGUACGGUCCGAGGUGGUGCUCCUAAGGCCCGGAUAGCCUCAUACAAGGUGUGUUGGAAUGUAAUGGGAGACGACGGAGAAACCGAUGGUAGCUGCUCACUUGUUGAUGAGUGGAAGGCGGUUGAUGAUGCUAUACACGAUGGGGUUGAUGUUAUGUCUGUUUCUCUUGGUGGGACUAUUCCAGAUGAUUCCGAGGUUGAUAAGCUUGAGUUUAUUGCGGCUUUUCAUGCGGUGGCCAAAGGGAUUCCGGUCGUUGCUUCGGCAGGUAACGAAGGGCCUGGUGCUCAGACUGUUGUCAAUGCUGCUCCAUGGCUUUUGACCGUUGCUGCUACUGCUCUUGACCGGUCUUUUCUUACCAAGAUCACUCUUGGGAAUAAACAAAUCUUCUUGGUUGAAUCUCUGUACACUGGACCGGAGAUUUCAACCGGUUUAGCUUUCUUGAACUCAAACAGUGAUGAUAAUUCUGAUGUGAAGGGGAAAACAGUUCUUGUUUUCGAUAGUCUCACUCCAGUCGCAGGGAAAGGUGUAGCAGGAGUCAUCUUAGCCCAAAAGCCUGACGAUCUUCUUUCUCGGUGCAAGGAUUUUGCGUGCAUUUUUACAGAUUACGAGCUUGGAACCGAUAUUUUACAAUACAUACGUUCCAGCAGAUCUCCAACAGUGAGAAUCAGCGCGGCUACCACAUUAACAGGCUUGCCUGCAACAGCAAAGGUUGCUGCAUUCUCAUCUAGAGGGCCUAACUCUGUUUCACCAGCCAUUCUCAAGGUUAUAGACAAAGCUUGUGUCAUCUCCAAUAAUAUAUGGUUACAACAGAAGUUGAAGCCUUUUUGA